GGGGAUGGAAGUCAUUGGGUAUCGCUCCAGGGUCUGAAGCUGCUUUUAUACAGUAUUUUUGUCAAGCGAAUCGACUGAAUUAAUUUUCAUUGCCAGAUCGCGAAAUUUGAUUGGUUUCGGAUAGUUUUUUUAUUUCCACAUAAAUUUAAAGUGUCAAUAGAAUUUUUAUCGAAGCCAAUCAAAUUUAACCACUAGAUCGAGAAAAUUUACUCAGUCAAUUGUUGCAUCAGAAAAACACAAGUGCGUCGCCAAAUUCUAGUGUUUUGCUGAUGCAAUAAUUGACUGAAUGAAUUUUCACAUUUGAGUGCGGCUAAAUUUAAUUGGCUUAGAUCAACAUUCUAUUGACAGUUUAAAUUUUUGAAACGAAAAUACCGCAGGCGACUGACAACAUGAUGCACUUGAAGAGCGGAAAAUAUUUCUUAUUCGCGAUUCUCACCUUUGUCGCAAUACAAUUAACAACAGCAGUUGUUGAUGAAGACCGAAUUCAACGAAUUUGUACCGAUGUUUGGAGAGAAAAUAAGCUAGAAUUGGAAGUUUGCUACUGCCCACCUGUACAGCGGCCAACGCGCGGAGAAACUGGACCUAAUGGUCCUAGAGGAAUAACAGGAAAACCUGGAAGUGAAGGUGGUCCAGGAGAGAAAGGAGAAUCCGGAUCUCCUGGCCUUGUGGGACAAAAAGGAGAAGUAGGAGAUGAUGGUCUUCUGGGACUUCGUCUUCUGAAAGGAGAUAGAGGAGAUCCUGAUCUUCAAGGACCUCAGGGUCAAAAAGGGUAAAGGGGACAUCGAGGUUAAUCAGGAUUACCUGGUCCAAAAGGCGAACAAGGAAAUUCUUUAUACAAUUAAAAAAAAUAAAAUCAGAAUAAUAAAAGAGAUUUACAUAA